AAUAAAUAAAAAAGAAAAAAAAACCAAAAAAAGUUAAGCAUGCAAGAGCAGAUGAUAAAUACUGAAGAAAUUGAUCGGCCAUUAGCUGAUUUUCCGGUGAAUAUUUGGGAAGAUCCCUUGAUCUCUUUUUCUUGUCUGGACCCGGAUAGUGAGAGUAACGAAGAGAAGGUGAGUUCACUAAAGGAAACCGUAAGAGAAAUGUUAAUGGCUUCAUCAAAAGAAGGGCCAAUAGAGAACAUCAAAUUCAUUGAUACUCUUUGUCGCCUCGGUGUCUCCUACCACUUUGAAGGAGAAAUCUUUUCGCAGUUAGAGACCAUGUUUAGUUGUCAUGGUUUUAUGCAGAUGAUGAUGAUAAGAGACAAUGAGUUUGAUUUAUACACCGUAUCUCUUGUCUUCCAAGUUUUUAGGCAGUUUGGCUAUAAACUAGUUGUCGAUGUUUUUUACAAGUUCAAGAAUAAGGAUGGAAAGUUCAAGGAGCACCUAGCUGAGGAUGCAAUAGGUCUUUUAUGUCUUUAUGAAGCAGCACAUUGGAGCACCCAUGGUGAAGACAUUCUCGAUGAAGCUCUUGUUUUCUCUAGGUCUCAUUUGGAAGGAUUGACUUAUCAAUCUAGUCCGCAUAUGUCCAACCGCAUUAAAAAUGCCCUUAAACAUUCAUACCCUAGGGGUAUCUCAAGGAUAGAGACACGCCAAUUUAUCUCAUACUACGAAAAAGAAGAUCUGCACGAUCAAACUUUACUAGAAUUUGCUAAGAUAGAUUUCAAUAUUUUGCAAAUGCUGCACCGUAAAGAGCUUGGCCAAGUCUUCAGGUGGUACAAAGAUCUAGGGCUGGACUCGAAACUACCAUAUGCAAGGAACCGGACGGUCGAAAGCUACUUGUGGGCUGUUGGAGCAUACUUUGAGCCCUGCUAUUCUCAAGCGAGGAUUAAUUUGGCCAUUGUUGUUAUCUUAUUGACGCUGGUUGAUGAUACAUACGAUGCCUAUGGCACAAUUGAGGAACUCGAACCAUUUACAAAUGCACUGAUUAUGUGGAAUCCUAGUGGCAUGGAAGGGCUUCCUGAGAGCAUGAAGUAUCUUCAUCAAGUUUUGUUAGAUUUCUAUGGAAAAAUUGAGGAGGAGAUGGAGAGGGAAGGGAGGCCGGGAUGCGGCCUUUUCGCCAAACAAUCGAUGAUUGUAACGGCAAAAGCCUAUCUCCAAGAGGCAAAAUGGUUGAGCCAAGACUAUGUGGCAACAUUCAACGAGUACAAAGAGAACGGAGUUUAUUCGUCGAGCUACUUAGCACUGUUAACAGGAUCCAUUCUUGGAAUGGUGGAUGAAGGCACACUUGACGUGUUUAAGUGGUUAAGCACUUUCCCACCUCUUCUUGUCAAUUCUGCACUAAUAGGCCGCCUCUGUGGUGACAUUGCUAGUUGCGAGUUUGAACAUAAGAGAAACCACGUGGGAACAUCCAUUGAUUGUUACAUGAAGCAAUAUGGUAUUUCGUGGGAGAAAGCCGAAGAAGAGGUCAAAAUCAUGGCAUUGGAUUCGUGGAAGAGUCUUAAUCAAGAACUGAUGACGAGAGAUCACUCUUUUCCUUUCCCUAUCGUCAUGCGUUUCCUAAACCUGUCGAGGGUCGUCGAGGUUUUCUAUAAAGACACUGACAUUUUCACACAGCCUGAGUUGAUGAAACAUCACGUUGUUUCUUUAUUCCUUAACAAUAUAUCUAUUUGAUCAGAACUAUACAAAUUAUACAGCUAUGCAAGUUUUUUUA